AUGACUUUCUCUCUACCUGCCAAGGCCACUGGUCUUCGCGAAAUCGACCCAGCACUCCUUGAUCUUCGAGCAGACUCUGAGAUCGUCGCUCAACUCAACACGUUCCAACCAAUUACAUCAGAGAAGAAUGUUUGGGCCAUAUGGGACAAUGGUUUUGAACGAAUGUAUCCCACCCAUCAACAAACUGUCCUCAACUGGGUUCGUCGUCUGGGCCAAUCUUGGACAGUUCGGCUCGUAGAUUUCAAAGACGGGUCGCCCAACAACAUUUACAACUACGUCGACAAAGAGUGGUUUCCAGAAUGUUUCAUCAACAAAACCAUGGAUGGAAAACAUGCUCCUCAACACGCCGCCGAUCUCGCCCGCCUCCCGCUCGUUUACCAAUACGGCGGAGUUUACCUGGACGUCUCCAAUAUGCUUCACGUUCAUCUCGAUACACUCUUCUGGGACGAUCUCUCAGCGCCUGAUUCUCCGUACGAGAUGGGUACCUGGAUAAUCGCAGGUCAGAUCAGCCAUAAAUGGGAUGACUUUGGAAACUUUCUGUUUGCAGCACGCAAGCAUUGUGAGUUUAUCAAAAACUGGCACAACGGAUACAAAGAACUUUGGAAAGGUCGAACAAACGUUGAUGGUUUCCACAAACACCCUUUAAUCCAAGAGAUUGGUCUAGCUGAGGUAAUGAGAGAUCCCAAUCAUGAAGACCAGAUCAAUUGGAUGACAGACUAUGUCUCACAAAUGGUUCUGGGAAAUCGAACCCGAAAUCUUGUCGAUGUCGAAGCUGGGUGGAAAGGCAUUGAGUUUUGGGAGAACAAAGUCUUCAUGGUAGAGGGUAUCCAAAAUGGUAUUCUCGGUGCCCUAAAGACUAAUCUUUGCGGCCAGAAACAAGCUGAUCUCUUCACCACGCGCCUCGAUGAGCCCGAUCUUGCUAAGCGAGCUGAAGCUGAAGAGUUUGUUAUCGAGAUGCUGGAGAAGAGCCACAUGUACAAGGUGUACCACAACUCGAUGGCUGGUCUUCCGGCUCUGGGAGACCUCAUCAAGAAGAAGGAGAACCAAGAUGUGACGUUUCGUCCAGGAACCUUUGGAGAGCUUUAUCGUUAUGGAACUGUUCAUUGGGAGGCUACGAGAAAGGUCGAGAGAUUAGAGCCUCGCAAAAUCGGAGAUGAUGUCAUAUAUGGUACACCUACGAGAACUGCUGCUUCUUUCACGAAUUAG